AUGCAAAGGUCAUUGGAAAAGCUUCUUGCUAAAGCUGCAACGUUGGGGAUAAUGAUGAAGAACCUACCGCCUCACCCCAUAACGAAGAUGCAUUUAUCUGACAAAUUCAACAAAGAUUUUAAUGAUUCCUUAUCCAGCCAACCUGAUCAAGGUAAUGGAGUGUGUAAGUCAACAUUGAAAACAAUAUCACCUUUUAAUACUUCUCACUGGUGUUUGCGCUUUCGCAUGCCGACCAAAAUAAGUUACAAUAUGCAAAUAGUUGUACCGAUUCGUGGAACAAUUAGACCGACUUUUUAUCACAAAAAAAUAAAAGUGGCACAAAAUUCAACAUUUUCAAAAACUUUUUGGCAUUUAGGAUGCAUUUAUUUAUUUGUUUCUAAAGAGAAGCACCUUCAUUUCCAUGCACAUGGCUCAAAAUUCAAUUUUUUUGUAAUUUUGUUUUACCUACUCAAGUGGCUGGAAAAAAUCCCCUUUUUUUUCUUGCACUGGACUCGGGUUUUAAGUUCUUUCUCACAGCGCAAAUCAGGAUAUGAGAUGAAUGGAAAUGAGGUAGUCACCAAUCCUCAUCAUUUACAUUCUCGAGCAAAUUUUAUCCAAAUCGCCUAA